AUGCCACUGCGGUUCUCUUUGUACGAGUUUGGAGAGAUUACGAGGCUAAAUUGUGAUCCUUUCGACAAGAAUGACCUUUGGGAUGUGGAUCAUAAAGACUUCUGGCUGGAGAUGAAGGUACCGACUUCAGAAGGGCCUACAUUCAAAGAAUUACAAGCCAUUUUUCCUCUUUGUAGAAACUGGUCUCGGGAGAAGCGAGUGAUGGUAGGUUUGUUGGGUUUGUUAUGCAUCGGGAUAUUUGGGAAUCGGAUAGAAGGUGUUGAUGUCCCUCUUCUGUCAUGGCGGGGAUCUCGUCCUCGUAUAAACUUUACAGAUUUCGUGGCCCAAGAAAAGAGAGAGCAUCCGAAGGUUUGUGUGAGACAUAUGGUUGUAAAGCCAAUAGAGGAUAGAUAUCCGAAGUGGGAAGAUAAUACAGUGUUUACUGAUCUCGAUAACAUGAUUCAAGACAUCCUCAAUGAUCAGCUUGAUGAAAAGUUUUGGGAAGUAAUGGCUGAUUCCAAGUCCAAGGAAGAGAAAAAGCCACAUACCAAUGAUGUUAGUCCCUCUACUAAGCGAAAGAAGGUCCAAGAACAUGUUGAUAGAUCAGAAACGGUUGAAGCUCACAACAUGGCUAUCACUGGAUUGGUCGAGUCGGUCAAGAACCUGGCUGGAAAAUUAGAUGGAAUAGAUGAUUGUGUAGCUGACAAGGUAAUUGCGAAACUGGACGCAGUCAUACAAGCUAAGGUUGAUGCUAGGAUUGGUUUAUAUGAGAGUGAGUCAAAGAAGAAGAUUGCCAUGUUGGAGGAAGAAUUAAAGAAUCUUAAACAGCAGCAUGGAAUACACAUUCCUACCGAGGUGGCUAAGUCCAAUGGUGGCAAUUCUAUUGCCCAAGAAGAGGAUGAUGCUUCUUGCAAUGCAUUGAUAAAAGAUUAA